UAUUCUCUGUUCUCUUAGUACCAACGAUAAUUAAGUCAAAAUGCUGCGGUGUUCUUGUACCACAAAAACUCCCAUCUUCCUCUUCCUCUUUCUCAUCUUCCACUUUCAGAUUCUCUUCUACCAAGCACACUCUUGGAUAAAAGCUGGUUACUGGUUUUAUGGUUCUGAAUUUCCCGUUUCUAACAUAGAAACUUCUCUCUACACUCACCUCCUAUGCGCUUUUGCUGAUGUCAACGCUUCAACCUAUGAACUUUCCAUCCCUUCCGAUGCUGCAGCAUCAUUUCCUUCUUUCACAGCCACUCUCAAGCACACCAAUCCAUCUCUCUCUACACUUCUUUCCAUCGGUGGUGGUACUGCUGACCACACUGUCUUAUCUUCCAUGGUAAGCAAUGCUUCUUCAAGAAAAUCAUUCAUUCACUCUUCAAUAACACUCGCUAGAACCUAUGGCUUCCAAGGCCUUGAUCUUUCAUGGGUUUCUGCUAACACUACCAAUGACUUGAAAAACAUGGGACUGUUCUUUCAAGAGUGGAGAGAAGCUGCAAAAUCUGAGGCAGUAAACUCCAGCAACAAUAAUAAUCAAGAACUGAUUUUAACUGCGGCUGUUCCAUAUCAACCAGGUUCUGAUUUUGGUUCUUACCCUGUGGAGUCUAUCAGUGAUAACUUGAAUUGGGUAAAUGUUUUGGAUUAUGAUUACUACACACCUCAAUCAACAAAUUUCACUGGAGCUCAUUCAGCCUUGUAUGAUCCUUCUAGUGAUGUCAACACAGACACCGGAAUCAAGCGAUGGAUAGAUAGUGGGGUAUCUGCUAGUAAGUUGGUUUUGUCGUUACCAUUCUAUGGAUAUGCAUGGAAGCUUAGGAACCAAAGGGAGAAUGGAAUAGGUGCAGCAGCAACAGGUCCAGCAAUCACAAAAGAAGGAGACAUGACCUACAAGGAUAUCAAGGAUUAUGUUCAAAGAUAUGAAGCAACUGUGUUGUAUAAUGCUACUUACGUGGUCAAUUAUUUUUCAGUUGGGUCAAAUUGGAUAGGAUUUGAUGAUGUGAAUGCUGUUAAAACCAAGGUGUCUUAUGCUAAAGAAAAGAAACUAGGUGGUUAUGUUGUAUGGCAAGUUCCCUAUGAUGAUGACAAAUGGCAGCUUUCUAGUGCUGCAGCUCAACAGGUGGUUGGCGGCGGAGAACACCAUAAUUGGCGGUUACCGGUGGUGAUCACUUUGACAAGUGCUGUAUGUAUUAUUCUGUUGGGUUUCAUAAUUUACUACAUAAGAAGGAGACUAGUAAAACCAAAGGGAAUCAUGAUUGCGGCUAGAGAUGCAGGACAUUUUCCUGAUUGUGUUCCUGAUGUGCAAGUCUUUAGCUUAUGUGAUAUUGAGUUAGCCACUAAUAGAUUUUCGAUUGAAAACAAGCUUGGUCAGGGUGGCUAUGGUCCUGUUUACAAGGGAAUAUUACCAGAUGGCAGGGAAAUAGCAGUGAAGAAGUUAUCAAAGACUUCAUCACAAGGGUUUGAAGAAUUCAAGAAUGAGGUAACACUCACUGCAAGGCUACAGCACGUGAAUCUUGUUCGGUUGUUGGGUUUUUACAUUGAUAGAGAAGAACAGAUGCUGGUGUAUGAGUACAUGCCAAACAAAAGCCUUGACUACUAUCUAUUUGACCCUAUCAGGCGGCUUCUUCUGGAUUGGAGCAAGCGUGUAGCUAUUAUUGAGGGUGUUACUCAGGGACUACUUUAUCUACAAGAAUAUUCUAGAUUAACAAUAAUUCAUAGAGAUAUAAAAGCUAGCAACAUUCUGUUAGAUGGUGAGAUGAAACCAAAGAUUUCAGAUUUUGGUAUGGCAAGAAUAUUCUCAAAAGAUGAGCAAGAAGCAAACACGGCCAAGAUUGUUGGAACAUAUGGUUACGUAUCUCCUGAAUACCUUAAAAAAGGCUUGUAUUCGGUAAAAUCCGAUGUGUAUAGCUUUGGAGUUCUACUUCUGCAGAUUAUAGGUGGCAAAGUAACAAGAUAUUAUGGCGAGCACGAAAACUUAACCUUGAUGGAAUAUGCUUAUGAUUUGUGGAAAGAAGGAAGAGGCAUGGAGUUUGCGGAUCCUUUUCUUGAUGACACAGCUUCAGACUGCAAAAUAUUGAGGUGCAUACAAAUAGGUCUAUUAUGUGUGCAAGAAGAUGCCAAUGACAGGCCUUCUGUGUUGGAAAUUUCUUCAAUGUUAAGAAGUGAAACUGUUCUUGCUACACCAAAGAAGCCAGCGUUUUCAAGAGAAAAAGACAUGCAGGAGCACGGUGAAUUUGUUAUGAAGCAAGAACAUUAUUCGGUUAACGAAGCAACAAUGUCUGAGACUGUAGCAAGAUAGUGCUGGAAAAAUCUUUUGGGCGUGUAAUUUUUAACUUUUUUAUUUUUUAUUUUCAUUCUUGUACAAUGUCAGUAAUGUUCAUGCAAAGCUUUGCUUACAA